AAAAAAAGAUAAAGAGAGUGGAGAGAGUCAGAGGGCGAGCCGAGAAGGGGGGGCGUAUAGCACACGUGGAGGCUGACGAUAAAGAUUUUUUUCCCCCAAUUCCGCUUCCUCGCGUGCGAUUUGAUCUCGGCCAAGAGCUUCCACGGAGCGACUUCUCCCGAUCCGGGCGUCGAAUCCCAUGGCGGCCAACGCCGGCGGCAACAAGAUCCGCAACGCCAAACUGGUUCUUCUUGGAGAUGUGGGCGCUGGGAAAUCUAGCUUGGUGCUUCGUUUUGUAAAAGGGCAGUUUGUUGAGUUUCAGGAAUCGACAAUUGGAGCAGCAUUUUUCUCGCAGACCUUGGCAGUUAAUGAUGAAACUGUGAAGUUUGAAAUCUGGGAUACAGCUGGGCAGGAGAGGUACCAUAGUUUGGCUCCCAUGUACUAUAGGGGUGCGGCUGCUGCCAUAGUGGUCUAUGACAUCACGAAUCCGGCCUCUUUCACACGUGCAAAGAAAUGGGUUCAAGAACUUCAAGCUCAAGGUAACUCAAGUACGGUGGUGGCUCUGGCUGGCAACAAGGCUGAUUUACUAGAAACAAGGCAGGUGCAAAUAGAGGAAGCAAAGACAUAUGCCCAGGAGAAUGGGCUUUUCUUCAUGGAAACAUCUGCGAAAACUGCAAUCAAUGUGAAUGACAUAUUUUAUGAAAUUGCAAAAAGAUUACUUCAAGGACAGCCAGCUCAGAACCCACAGGCCGGGAUGGUCCUCUCCCAGAGACCAAAUGAGAGACUGGUCAGCUCUGCCUCAUGCUGCUCUUGAAGCAUAGUUUAAUUGUGUCUUAUAUCUAGGAGAGCAAAAUUUCAACAAACUAUUCCUAAAGUUCUUGUGUGACCACCUUCAUGGCUACAUACGCAGCCUUCGUGCUCCUUUCUUUUCUUUCUUUGUGCCUGUCAUGUAAAUUGUCAAUACGAGAAUGCCACAGCAGAGACUUGAAAUUGGUACCCAGUUGUUGAUUGCGCU